GAGAAUGACACGGGGGUCAAGAUUCAACAUGUGCGUCAAAACACACGCGUUUGGUUUUGCGUGUACACCAGAAGCAGAGAGCUGAAGAAAAACUAACAGCAGCAGCAAGUUGCUAUGGAUUUUCGACAUAAUUUAAAACCGUCUAAAUUAGAUUUAGAAUUUCCGCUGGCUACGUUAAAAAAGAACAUGGCCGGAAAGGAUGUUUCAUUCUUCGACAAGGCGGGCUCGUUCCAUCGGUCGUUUCCAGUGAGCAUCGGCCUGAUGCUGAUGUCGGCAGUGUUCUGGGUGGUCAUCUUCCUCGUUGUGUACCACGCUGUCAGCCUCUACUCCCUCUACACCAGCAUCGCAGACGAGACCGACCUCGAGGGCACGUGCCAGGCCCAGUUCAGCCCCCAGCUCUCGGUCAACCUGGAGCGAGUAAUGAGGUACCCGCGUGGCACCGCCGGCCCCUAUCUGCUGAGGUUCAGGCCCGAGAGAAUGGCGCACGUUGAGCAGCAGACGUCUCACGAUGGUUUGCCGCCAUUCGUGACGGGCGUUUCGUCCAAGACGUUUUUCUCAGUCCAGGGUCUGAUUAAACAGUUCCGGAAAGACAUCCCCGAGUUGAAAGAAGCACAGUUGAUAAUUUAUGAUAUAGGACUUUAUACGAGAGAGAGGGAAUUGCUUGAAAAAUAUUGUGACUGCGAUGUGCGGACAUUCCAGUUCAGUGCCUUCCCCGACCACGUGGCCAACCUGGCACUGAAUGCCUGGAAGCCAAUCAUAAUCCAGAAUGUCAUCGACGAAGCUGGGUCUGCCAUCUAUAUGGACCCAGGCAUGCGCCUCAAAUCUUUCACUUCUCUAAACAUUCUCAAACACCGAGGAGACAGGGAGUUCUUCGUAUGGGACGCCGCUCUAGGGGAGGCAACUCCCAGGAAUGUGCUCGGCUACACAUUCCCACAGACUUUUAAAUUUCUGCAAGAAUCUCGAUGCGCCUUUAGUGACGCGUUAAUGGUCGCCACUGACGUCAUAGUCGUGUUCGGGUCGAACGCCACGUGGAGUCACGUGAUGAAACCAUGGCUCAUUUGCUCGCUCAAUGAAGACUGUAUUGCGCCCUCUGGCGCUAGGACCUCAUACUGUUUCCACGUGCGACGCCCAAUGACGACGGGCUGUCACAUGUUUGACCAGUCGGCGCUCAGUAUUAUUUUGAACAGGGGAUUUCAAAUCACGAUGAACAGGAAUCAGUUUGUUUCUCAAAGGAUUGCGUACCGGGCUGAGGAGGAAGUUCUGAUGUUUGAAGAACAGCCCUGGACGAAUUCUCAAUUGCUCAUAAUUUUUUCAGUUAUCAUAUUUAUUCUGGCUGCGUAUCCAUUGAUAAAAAAACGUAGACGGUUACCAUUUAAAUUGUUAUAAGGUUGUGUUAUUCAGAUGUAUUAAAAAGUAAUUUCCAAUUUUUUCAUUAUUUUAUUUUAUCUUAUAUAUUUAUCAUUGUACUGGGUAUUAAAAUAUGUAUUAUUUAAAUUGUUAUUUAUUUUAUGUAUGGUUGAAUAAAAUUGUUACAUGUC